CACCGUCACGUGGUACAGCAGUCAGACGUUUCAGCAGCUUGUAGUGUUACAAUGGCCGCACUGCGUGGAGAUCCACCUCCUAUUCCAGCUGAUACUCCCGUGAGGUUGUACAGCAUGGAGUAUUGUCCGUUCGCUCAGAGAGCUCGCGUUGCUCUAAAAGCCAAGGGUGUCAAAUUCGACGUGAUCAAUUGCAACUUGAAGAACAAACCCAAAUUUUUGACCGACGCGCAUCCCAACGGACAAGUGCCUGUUCUAUUGCACAAGGGCAAUGUCAUUGUGGAGUCAGAAAUUAUCGUGGAAUAUGUUGACCAAGCCUUUCCUGAUCAAGGCAAAACACUAUACUCUGAAGAUGCUGCUACACGUGCUAAAGCUCGUGCUCAUAUCACAUUCUUCGGUCAAAAGGUGAUGCCAUUGAUGUAUAAAGUGACCCGUGAUCCAACCAACGAAGAAGAGAAAGCCAAUCUGUUGAAGAUGGUGGAGAAGUGGGUGGAAGAACCACUGAGUAAAGGAGGCGCACCAUUUUUCGGUGGGCAAGAGUACAACGCAGUUGAUGUCAACAUUUGGCCUUGGAUUGAAAGAUUUGACGUUAUGGCACAGCAGGGUAUCAUUUCUUUGGCAAAGGAUCGCUUCCCAGCCUUGGCUGCUUAUGUGGAGAGAAUGAAGAGUGUACCAGCUAUUGCUGAAACCGUUCAUUCAGCUGAAGACUUCAAGGUUUUCUAUGACAGCUAUAAGAAGGGAGAGGCACUUUACAACCACAACUCACCUCAUCCUCUGUAUGAAGGUGACAGUAGUGCAUGAACAAUUGUUUGGAUGAUUUGGUACUUUGAUUGGUGUGUUUGCAUGGUUUGCAUUGGUAGUAGUAGUAGCUUUGUCUGCAUAAUUGUUUUGUUAGCAAUAGAUUGCUAGAAAGAGCCUUUCAACAUCAUGCACUCAA